AUGAUACAGGACCAACUGAUUGAGAAGACAAGCGUGAAACGGAUCCGAGAACGUCUGCUGUUGGAACCAGACUCCCUAACGGUCGAGCGUGCAAUUCAGCUCGCCCUUCAAGUAGAAACGGCCCUGCUGGAAGCUCGCACAUUGCAACCGUCCCAAGUUCAACACGUCUCGCGGAAACCUUUCCGUGCUCACGAAGAAUCGAAACACCUUCCCCCUCUAGCAGCUAAGUCAUCUUCAGAACGUUGUGGCCGCUCUUCGGGAAAACGGUGCACAAAUUGUGGUUCUGGUUCACACAACACACAUGACAAGGCCUGUCCCGCAGGUGGGGUGCAGUGUCGAUCUUGUGGGAAAGCAAAUCAUUUUGCGAAAUGGUGUCCCUCAAAACCAGCUGCAGUGAAACAAGUUGCUCAAGAUCCCAAAAACGACGCGAAGGAGUCCGUAACGGUGUUUAGCCUGCGAAGGGAGACGAACGAAACGGGGUACAAGUCUUGCCAGGUCAGCAUACAGGAUGUGGAGUUAGAUCUCCUGAUUGAUUUGGGUGCAAAUGUGUCUAUCAUCGAUGAGUCGACGUUCAAGAAACACUUUUCCUCACAAAAAGCUUGA